UACAUUUGGCCCCCCUUCACUUUCCACAAACCUAACUUCAACUCACCAAUUACACUACUCACAAAUAUAAAAAAAACUUAUUAACUAUUACUUCUUCUUCUUCAACUUCUUGAUUGUCGUCGUUUUCUUAUUAUUAUUGAAAUCUUUAGCUAUGAGUUAUGAACCAAACACGGUCUUAAACCUAAGCCUAUCAAGAAAUGAUCUUUUACUUGAUCAAUCAUCGUCGUCGUCAUCAUCGUCCCCUUUAAGCCCGAUAGAGCCACGUGUUUUCUCGUGCAACUAUUGUAGAAGAAAGUUCUAUAGUUCACAGGCUCUAGGAGGACACCAGAAUGCUCAUAAACUCGAAAGAACCCUAGCUAAGAAGAGUAGGGAGCUGAGUUCAUCCCUCCGCGUGCCUCAUUCAAGUUGGUCGAAUAAUAAUAAUAAUAAUAAUAAUAAUCGGACUGGUGGCUCGUUGAGCCCUAGUGGUCUGAGCCAUGGUGGUCAUGGUCAUGGUGCUAGGUUUGUUACAAAUAAUGAUUUAAUAAGCUAUGGAAGAAGAGAGAUUAUGAUGAGUUAUGACUCUAUGAAAAAUGGUCAUGAGAGUGUUCAAGAGGAUUUUGGCCACCUUGACUUGUCCUUGAGGCUUUGAUCAUCAUCAACAACUUUUUUUUUUGGUUAUUUGUUACUUCAUGAAAUUGUUGUAAUUUUCAACCUAUUUUGAGGUGGUUAAUUAAUUAAAAAUUCUUCUCAGAGUUCUUAUUAAUUAACGGAAGGAUGAGAAAUCUCUUUUAGCCCGAGGUCUUAAGUUAAAUAUA